CCAGCGCGCAAAAACAAUCGAUAUUUGUGUUUACAACGAUGUCUGCGGAAGAGUUGAAGCUGUUGGACGAGAUGUUCGAGAAUUGCGAGUAUCAGGACUCGCUGGACAUGAUCGAGAAGCUGACGGAUCGGGAUAGUUGUGAAGUGAAGUGGCGUUUGGCAAGGACCGUGUUUUUCCUGUCGAAACAAUCCACAGUGAGCGACGAGAAGGAGGCACUCUGUCGGCAAGCGUUUGAGCAUGCAACGGCCGCCCUCGAGACGGACGGGAACAAUUUCGGUGCUAACAAGUGGUACGGCGCAAUCCUCUCCGAAAAAGCUGCCCUCGAUGGUGUGACGGAGCGCAUCAAGCAGCUGGAAAACGUGCAGAAACACUUCCAGCGUGCGGUCAGUCUGAACGGGACGUCCGAUCCGGGCAUCUGGCACAUGCUGGGCCAGUUCAAUUACAAACUGUCCGAGGUGAAUUGGAUUACGCGCAAGCUUAUCAAUUCGGUUGCCCCGAACCCACCGACCGCUUCGUACGCGGAGGCACUGGAAUGCUUCACCAAGGCCGAAACCAUCAAGCCGAACUUUUACGCACUGAACCUGCUGUACCUUGGCAAAUGCCAUCUGGCGCUGAAGCAACCGAGCGAGGCAAAAGCGUGGCUCGAGCGUGCCGCUGCCGUGGAUGUACGGUGCGAGGACGACCGGAUCUGCCGCGAAGAGGCCACCGAACUGUUGAAGAAACUGUAGAAA